AGAGCUCAGUCAAACACAAACCUUCUGAGGCCAACCAGCACCCUGCCUUUCAGGAUCACAGCCAAGAAAGACAUUCCUCGCCUCAACAUGAACACCAAGGUUGUUGCUGCAAUUGUGGCUUUUUUCCUGCUUUCUGCCACUCUGACAGAAGGCGUCUCACUGGCCCGGAUGGGAAGUGAACUCCGGUGCCAAUGUAUAAGCACCCAUUCAAAAUUCAUCCCUCCCAGACACAUUCAGGAUGUCAAGCUGACGCAAAGUGGGCCCCAUUGCAAGAAUGUUGAGGUCAUUGCUACCCUUAAGGAUGGUAGAGAAGUAUGCUUGGACCCCACAGCUAAAUGGGUGAAGUUGAUCAUCAAGGCCAUUCUGGAUAAGGCUCAAUCCAAUGUUGAAUCACCGCUAUGAGGAAAAGAAUCUCUCCUGUUUUGCUUCACUGAAAAAGAACUGAGCCAUUUCAAUCAACCCUACUUUUUAUAACUUUAUAACCAGGUUUUUUUUUUCAUAUUUAUGUAUUUACUUUACAACUUUCCUGAUAGAAAGCCUUUAUAAGGAUAUAUUUAAGGCUGGAAGCAGAAAGAUGAGAUGCGAGAAGGAUGGUGAUUUGGAAAGUGGAACAUAUUGCUAAAUGGAGUUGUGAGGACUGUGCCACUGUCUUCAUGCCAAGCCUCCUGUUAUAGCACUAAUUGGCAAAAGAUCCUGGUCCCCUGGGGCACAGGCAAAGUAGUGCAGCUACAUCAGGAGUGACAUGAAUCAGAGCCAGCCUCAGGCUACCUAUUGUGAAAGUCAGCUCAGCAGCUACAGUGCCAGACAAAUCCUCAGGAGACCCAGGUUCAAAUCCCCACUCAGCCAUAAAAGUCAUGGGCUAGUCACUAUCUAUCAGCCCUAACCUACCUCAUAGGGCUGUUGUGAGGCUGGGGAAGAGAGAACCAUGUUCUGAGCACCAGAAGAAGGGUGGGAUAAAAUGGUAAUAAAUAAAUAACCAUAUCUGCAGAGGCUUUUAAAUAUGUGUAUCAUUUUCAAUGUGAACAUUUCUAAUUUAUUAGCAUGGGUGUAUCUGAAGUAUUAUUUAUUGUACUAGGAAUCUUCUGUGUCUGAAAGAAUAUUUAAAUGGUCAUAUUUAAGUUGGUGGGGACACUAUUUAUUUAAAUGGUUUGUCAAAGAACAGACUGAUGUUUUCCUAACUUGAGAAUUUCUCACACAGAACCGGCAUUCUGAAGUCUCAUAUUUGCACAUAAUAUGUCUUUAUUUAUGUAUUUAUUGAACAAGAAAUGUUGAAUGCUGUCAAAAUAUGUUUGUACUUGUACUGAUUAAAUUGUUUUAAUGCUGAAA